GGGGAGGAGGGGAGCACCCAAACAUCCUUUGUUUUGCAACAGCUGCAGAAGUGACAGUCCUGCAACUGUCAUCCUAAAAGCUGAGCGUGUUAAAAGGCACAUAUAAAUUUUUACUACAUCUUUGAAAAACCUUACAGUUCAUGAAAAGCAGGGUGUCCGGGGUUUUGUGUACUGGAGGCUCUGGUCUCAGUGACAGGCAGUGGCAUGAAGUGCGAUUCCUAGCUAAGGAAAAUUUUGCCGUCCUCACCAUUGAUGGCGAUGAAGCUUCAGCUGUUCGAACAAACAGCCCUCUACAAGUUAAGACUGGAGAGAAAUAUUUAUUUGGAGGGUUUCCUAUACAGAUGAAUGACUCGGAUCACUCGCUAUUUCAGCAUUCAUUUCAAGGAUGCAUGCAGUUUAUUCAUGUGGAUGAUCAGCUGGUGGAUUUACACGCAGUGGAGCAAGGCCAGCUGGGAAGCUUUGCCAAUGUCACCAUUGACAUGUGUGCCAUUAUUGACAGAUCAGCCAGGGUGCAGUGGAAAGCAUACCUCCAGUCUCCCACUCAGGCAGAGAAGGAGUUGAAAAACUCUCGUAAAACAAAUUCAGCCCACAAGUCAAUAAUAUGGCUGCCUUGA